AUGGCUGCUGGUACCGGGGGCUUCUCCAAAAAUGUUUUGAACAUGAAGUUCAUGAAACAAGCUGAAAAGAGAGCUGAAGAACAAGAUGAAGAACAACAAGAGAGUAAACUCAAGGAUUUAUCAGAGUGGAAAACAUCUAAUGCUGAAAAAUUGAAACAAAAAGCUCAAGCUAAGCCAAAAGUGAUAGCAGUCGGGUUUACUGCAUUGAAUAGCUUAAAUAAUGGACCACCUGUGAUAGGAAGAAGAACUUUUGGAGAAACAAAAAAGGAAGAAAAGAAACCAGAGCAAGAACAAGAAGGAAAGGUCAAUGAUUUAGAUAAACUAUGGCAAAAACAAAAAGAGGAAAGAUCUGAACCUAAAAGUGGGAAAAGAUCUAAAGAUGAAAUACCCAAGAAAACACAAAAUAAAAAGAGGAAAUCUACAAAUUGA